AUGUCUAGAUUCUGGCCAUAUUCAUUUGCUCCAAGGGCACAACCGCUCACUCAGCCAUCACACGCCCAGGUCAAUGCCUACUCCGAAUAUACGAACAGACAUGUCCGGCAACACACGCAAGCCCCCUCAUCACCACCAGAUCUUACCAACUCCAUCAAAUCAUUCCGCACAGCCAUGCUAGAUCGAGCCGCACGCCAUCUCGGCUGCCAGAUGUUCUCCCUGAUCCGCGCGACUCUCCAUGGCGCAAACACCCCUAUUGGAACGCCCGAUCUCUAUACGCACCUAGGCACAAGCAUUGGCAACCCGUCUAUCCUCAUCAACUCCGUCUCGCGCCGCUACGUCCUCCCGUUCGUCGAGCCGCACUGGUACACCACCACAUCGCUCUUUGCCUUCGGCGGCGUACUGCCACACCCGGCAACCCCCUCCAAUAACGGCAAGAUGGACAGCCACGGCGCCACGGAGCUGUAUAUAAAGUUGGCCAGUCAGCAGCUGAGCGACCACCACACGGCUACAGACGUGCAGAAGUUUGGUGUGCCGCUCCCGAUCCUGCCGGCUGACUUUCUUGCUUUGAUCCGCGUGCAUGCCGUGUUCGUUGCGGGAUCGCCAUUCGGCGCGAGUUUUGCGGAGCGCUGGGUGGUGUGGGACGGGCCUGGGUGCUUGCAGAAUCACCAGCAUAUUAUGGCGCGACCGCUGCUUUUGGCGAAGGUGAACGUGACACCGCGGCCGCUGGGGCAGGUUUAUGAUGUCGUGGCGGGGCUCUGUAUGGGUGGCAAUCGGGCAUCGUGGGGGAAGCCUCCAGGGAGUACGACUGAGCAUGGAGUUUGGGCGCUGUGGUGUCGCCGGGCGGAGAGGUAUGGUCUUCCGUUCCAGUGGAGGUAUUUUCUCAUCGUGAGCGGGCCAGGGGCGGUGGCUGUCUCGUGGGAUAGUAUUGAAGCACUGUUGAGGGCGUUGGUAUUUUUGAAUAGGCCUGAGCUGCUGAGGGAGGAGAUUUAUGCGCUACCGGCAGAGAUUAGAGAGGAGUGCGAGAUCGUCGAAUAG